GACGCGCACAAAUAUAUUUGCUCGCCAUAAAUAAAAGAAUCUUAAAGUUUAAAGUAGCAUUAAAUUUUGGAGUAUAUGAAAAUAUUUUUCUUUGCGUUAUGAGUUUUACAGACGAUUCUUCUGAUUUGGAUUGGAAAGCACCGAAAAUGAAAACAACCAGAUCCAUAAAACAGGAGAAUACUUCAGCGCAAAGCAAACCAAAAUAUGCACAGAAAUUUUGCCAGAAAUGGAUGAACCUGUUUAGUCCAUGGCUCGCACGCUGUGAAGAUGAUCCAAGCAAACCAUUUUGCCGAGCAUGUCAGUGUCGCUUGGAUUGCAACCGCUGCCACUUACAACGACACGAGCGUACCACAAAACAUGUACGCAACUUGGAAAUACUCAUAAACAAAGGGGAAGGUGCUGCAAGACAAAACCUAAGUAUUCGGCAGGAACGUAGUAAAUACUACCAACAACGUAAGAAAGUAAAUUCUUCGCUUACAUCAUCACAGGAUGCCUCAGAAUUUGGUGCCGAUACGACAGAUGAGUUUAUUGAAGAAGCUGAACCCGAAGGCGAAACUGCUUUCCAAUUUGUUCAAGCCGACUCUGCGCCUGGUGAAUAUACUGAAGAAGCUGUUUUAAAGCAAGAAAUUACAACUGUUGAUGGCCAAGCUGAUCCAUUACCCCCGAGCACAACAUUGAAACAAGAGAAAAAGAUAUGUAAUCAGAAAAAACCUGUUGUUAGAAAAGAACGAAUGAAAUUACUUAUGCAAAUACAGAAAGAUAAAAAUGAUCUAAUGGAUUCCUUUCGAGAACUUAUGGGACCUCAACAGCAAUCACCAAAAAUUGAAAAGAAUCAUGUUGAUUUAUUUUUUGAAAGUGUCAGCUCUAGUGUUAAAGCGCUGUCACCGAAAUUGAUUGCCGAAACGAAAAUGCGUGUAUCACAGUUGAUAUGUGAGCUAGAACUGCGUGCGCUUACUGAAAAUGAGGUGAAUGCUUCAGGGACUGCAGCAAACGCUGCGGUGGUUGUGUCAUCUGAUAAUGGUACUGUGAGCAAUGCAUUCAUUAUAAGCCAACCAGUGGCUACUGUUGUCCAUGGAACUACAUCACAUCAUCAUACGACGGAAAGUGUGGGGCAACAUUACGAAACACUCAGUUGAAAAUUUGAAAAUAAGAUAUCAAUAUUUAUUUUAUUUUCUUAUAUAAAUACAAACAUGUGUAGAUGUGUAUUUAUGUAUAUAAAUUAAACUAAACUUUGCUUUAAUAAUUUUGAAUUAUACGCUGUAAAUAUAAGUUUCGUCAUUAAAAUUUUACAUAAACUAUAAAUAAAGUUUCUUUAAUUUUAAUAUGCA